AUGACUUGUGUUGGAGUUUCGCCGAGUUUUCUGUCAUUAAACUCUUUGGUUGAGUGUUUUGUGCAUUUCAACGUGCCGGAAUUAGCACUUGCUGUGCCUGGUAUAAUUUUGAAAUGUGGGUUUAGCAUUAAUGUGUAUGUUGCAAAUCUUGUAUUGAAGGGUUUGUGUUAUAAAGGCAAAUUUGUUAAGGCUGUGGAAUUCUUAGAUGAAAUGGGAAGAAAUUUUGUAUUGCCAGAUGUAGUUAGUUUUAAUACUUUGAUAAAAGGAUUGUGCACGGUGAGGAAUUUGAAUGAAGCUAGAUAUGAGGUGUAA